AUGCGACGCCGUUCCGACGACUGGGUCAAUGCCACGCAUAUCUUGAAAGUCGCAGGAUUCGACAAACCGGCCCGGACACGAAUCUUGGAACGUGAGGUCCAGAAGGGGGUCCAUGAAAAGAUACAAGGCGGAUAUGGCAAAUACCAGGGCACAUGGAUCCCCUUGACCGAGGGUCGCAUGCUCGCCGAGAAACAUGGGGUCCUCAGUCGCAUCUCGAAUAUCUUUGAUUUCGUCCCUGGUGACCGAAGCCCUCCCCCUGCUCCAAAGCAUACCACUGCCGCUUCAAGCCGCCCAAAGCAGGCCAGACAAGCUGCACACCCAAAGAAGACCGCCCCGCCGCCUCCACCUCCACCGGCACCUGUGCAAGCUUACCAACCCGCUGAAAGCUACUACGAAACCGCCAGUGCGCAGUACAACGGAACCGAAAGCCGGGACCAUUCCCCAGAAACUGCCUCCUUCAUGGCCGAAGACGACUUUCUUCCACUCUCACAGAACUCGACCGCAUCGAGGAAGCGCAAGCGCGACAUCGAAGAAUCCACCGUCACUGCAACUGAUCUCGAACAUACGCUCUACGGUGAUGAGUUGCUCGAUUACUUUGUGACUGCGGGAGAUGAUCCGGCCGCAUCCAACAUCUUACCUCCACAUCCACCAGCCAAUUUCGACGUCGACAGACCGAUCGAUAAUCUAGGGAACAACGCUUUGCACUGGGCUUGUGCUAUGGGCGACGUGCAGGUCGUGCGGGACCUAAUAGCACGCGGUGCCAACGCUGCCGCUCCUAACCAAUCCUCCGGAGAGACACCCUUGAUCCGCGCCGUCCUGUUUACCAACAACUAUGACAAACGUACGUUUGCAAAGAUUGUCCAGGCUCUAGCGGGGACUAUUGUAGAGCGCGACUGGCAUGGUGCGACCGUCUUUCAUCAUAUUGCCGAGACAGCACGAUCAAGAAGCAAAUGGAGCUGUGCCCGUUAUUAUUGCGAGGUCCUUAUCAAUAAGAUGCAAGAGAUGGGGUCGAAUUACGUCCAGGCUCUACUCACCUCCGUCGACGCAUCUCAUGAUACUGCUGCCUUAUGCGCCAUCCGCAAUGGCUGUGUCAAAGUGGCGACAUUCCUUCUCAACCAUUGUCCGGAAGCCGGCGACAUCCAAAACCUGAAAGGAGAAACCGCAAACGAAUAUCUCAGAGCUCUUCGCGAAAAGAAGGAGAGUCUCCAGCAACCCGGAUCCUCUCCCCCGCGUGCCGGCGAAUCGUUCGCUGCCAAGCAGCUUCGUCGCAAACGCCAGAAGGAAUCAGUGUCACGCGCCGGAUCUGUCGUGCUCAACAAAAUUGGUUCUCUUCUGGACGAGGGCAGUAUGAAGCUGGCUGAAAUGUAUGACUCGCAGAUGAAGGAGAAGGAUGUUGAGAUCAAAGAGGCCAAACAGGCUCUAUCCGCCCUUGAGACCGAGAGACACAAGAUCCGACAGGAGACAUUCUUUCUCAUGGCAAAAGCAGAAGACACAUCCCGAGUCCCGGCUUUGCGGCAGGAAUACCAGAAAUCGCUGAACGAGAUGGAAUCCUUGUUGGAACAGAAGGAGCAAAAUACUCUUCAGACCGAGUUGUUUCAACAAGAUCAACAAACCAGCCAGCAAGCCUUCCGCUAUGCAAACCCUCAGCCACUAUCUCCAGAUGAAAUUCGCGCGGCAUUACCAUGGGCCGUCGAACUGAAUGAACAGCAAGCAAAGCGCAGAUACCUGGUAAAGGAGAUAGCAAAGCUGCUGGCCGAAGCUGGCACAAGUGAGAAGAUCGGCAAGCACAGAAAGCUAGUAGCUCUGGCGACCGGAAUGAAGGAAGAGGAUCUGGACAUGAUGUCGGAGGAGUUGCUGCGGAGUGUACUGGCUGGCCGGGGCAAUGAUACACAGACUCCACCACAUAUGUCGGGCAUACAGGCCUAG